AUGCCUUCAGAGCCAUCGAAACCUUCCACGUCCGGAAUUGUCACAGACGAGAAUAGCGGCGAACGUCAUAUUCCCGAGUCUGUUCGACCAGAUGGUACAACGAGAAAAGCGAUCAAGAUAAAGCCUGGAUAUCGCCCACCUGAGGAUGUCGAGGUUUACAAGAACCGCACUGCCGAAUCAUUCCGCAGUCGCGGAAAAGGUGGAAUUCCCGGUGCCGACGGACUGAAGGACCAAAAGGUCGAGCUGCCAUCUGCGGCCGCCAACAAGAACGCAAAGCGUCGCGAAGCCAGGAAGAAGGCCAAAACUACGGUUGGCUCACAGGAUGACGCGAAACCAGUAACAGACCAGGACGCCGCAGUAAAGACGGUCGAGGAGGUUGAUCCCGAAGCCGAGAAGGAGAAGAAGGCGCGAAACCUCAAGAAGAAGCUCAAGCAGGCUAAGGACUUGAAGAGCAAGAAAGAGGGAGGCGAGGCAUUGCUGCCCGAGCAGAUCGCCAAGGUCAUCAAGAUCAAUGAACUCAUACGAGAAUUGGAGGCGCUCGGGUUCGACGCAGAGGGGGAGCCCAAAGCUGCCAAUGCGGAUGCGGCUACGAAGGAC